AUGUACUCUGGCGAUGACAAGAAUACCAUCUAUAAAAAAGCAGAAGAUCAACUUAACAAAAUGCAUGCAAAAAAUGUAAUUCAUAAAGACUUGCAUAGCGCUAAUAUACUUAUUGACAACAAUAAGAAUGUUAAAUUCAUUGACUUUGGUCUACUGAGUCUGCCAUUAGAAAGAUAUGAAUGGAUCAAGAAACGAAAAGAGGAUAUUAAACAUAUAAUUAAUAGGAUUAAAAGAAAAUCAAGAGUUUGGCGAUUAAAACCCACAGGUGAUGAAAUCAAGGAGCAUAGAAAAAUGCUAAAAGAAGAAGAUCAUUUACAACUAAACGACGCCUUUAAAACGAAUCCUCCACCAGCUAAAAAUGAUAUACAAUCAAAAUUGAUGAGCAAAGACUUCAAGGACUUAAAAAAAAUAAUGUUCAGUGAUAUUUGA